GACAGCAUGCUGGCCGUGGUGUCAUCGUCCGACCUGGUGCCGGGGGACGUGAUUCUAGUCCGCUACGCCGCGGACGAUCUCUGGCAUGAGCGUGUGCUGUGCUGGGCGCUGCCCGCCGACAAGAGCGGUGCCGUGCAUUGGGUGGUGGCAACGCCCGAUGGGGACAUGUAUGUGGAGACAAUCGAGGGGGGCAGUCCCGACGACAGCCCGGUGGAAUGGAUCCGCCCGGCGGCCGACGGACGCCUCCCUGCUGGUUUCCAGGACGCCGUGUACUCUUUCCAGCGUGGCGAGAUCGACGGGGCCCUCCUUGAGAAGUGCGUGAAGAAGGGUGCCACCAUGGCGUUGAAGGGCGCCAAGGAGCACGGCGAGGCCCCUGUCUCCAUGGCGCCGGGCGGACGGAGGGUGCCGAUCGAGGACGUCGUAGGCGUGGGGUUCGUGCAGCCGGCGCUCCGAGACGGUGUCCCUGACGUUGCAGAGUCGGGUGGAGGCGUGGUGGCAGGGAUUGCUACGCCUGGGACUGGCGUGUGGCGCGUGGUGGAAGAGGGCAACUCGUUGGGCUACGACGUGGGGCGUGAGGUGAAGCCCGUGAUGGUCUACAUCGGCUGCAAGGGCGUCUACUUGCCCGACGGCAAGGACGCGGUGUUCGUGGAGUUCAGUGACGAGGGCGAGGCUGACUUCGUCAAGAGAGUUGCACCGCGUCCUCGGCCCAAGGAGGCCCCAGCGCAGGACGCGCGCACGCUGGCCAUCAAGUUCAACCCGCAAGGCCGAAUGCGUGACUGGCGUGAUGUGGUCGACAGCUGCCAACAGGAAGACUUCGAGGACUUCCCUGUGAGCGGCCCCCGCAGCAUGAGCUGGUGCCUGCACUUCUUACGGCGGCGCCACACCCCUCUGGACCAUCACCUGAUGUUCCGCAGUACGUGCUCUCUGAAGCCUGAGCAGUGGGGCGUGGCCGAGCAUGAGACUUUGUUGCGCAUCAUCGAGCUCGCGGGGCAAUACGACCAAUUGGACGUGACGAACCUAGCGUGCAUGGAGGCGGCUGCACGCAGGGUGCAGACCAUCGAGUGGGCCUACCACGAUAAGAUCAGGGAGACCGACGCGGGUUCCACCUCGAGGCUGUCCAUCGAGGAGGCCACGGCCUUCUCGGGCCUCAGCCGUGCGGGGGACCUCAUGAUGGUGGCGCCCGCUCUCCUUGAGCACGCGAAGUUGCAAGUAGAGAAGGACGCGGCCAUCAUGAAGAACAUCAGGAAGGCCAAGGAGGAGAGGGAGCUGAGGAGGAAGGACAACAAGGGCAACAACAAGGACAAGGAGAAGGGGCGUCGCAUCCUGAGGCGCCAGGCCGUCGCCAGCUUAGCCAACCAGGCGAUCUACACCCUCAACGACUUGGCAGGCGCCGAGCGGGGGUCUUCCGUCUCGCAGCCUGGCGAGGGGCGGGCCCCGCACGUGGUAGUGCAGCGACGUGUAUAUGCGGCCGCCGCGGCGAUGGGCCCGCCGCCUGCUCUCUCGCCCUCGGGAGCCCUGCAGGAGCUCCGGGGGUGCACGGUGCACGAGGACGUCCAGUCCACCGUGGUGCCCUUCGACGACAUGAAGCGGCUGGUCGUCGACUGCCGCCGCUCCAACUGCUGGUUCUCGGCCGCCGACCCCGUCGAGCUCAGCGCGGGAGCUGGCCUCGGGAACCUAGAGGUGCCGGACGGGGCGCGGCUGCGCGUCGGCCACGUGGACAUCAAGGAUGCCUUCUACCACUUCGAGCUGCCGGAGCGCGUGCGCAACUUGUUCGCGCCGCCGGCGGCGCCGGCCUGGAUGGCUGGCCUUGCCGAGGUGGGCGGCGUGAUAGUGAGCCCGGGCACCCCUGUAUAUCCGCGGCUUCGAGUGCACCCCAUGGGUUGGCCACGCGCACUGCGGGUUUGUCAGACCUUGCAUCGCCGCAUCAUCCAGGACAUUCCGGGCCUCGAGCCGACCUCGUUUCUACACGGCCGAGGGCCAGCGCCUGCGACCACCCCCGCGUGCCACACCGUCUACGUUGACAAUUUUUUGGCGCUGGGCACCUGCCGAUCGACAGUCGAGCGGCUGGUGCGUCAGGAGGAGGUCCUUGGGUGGGAAAUCAACGGAAGACUGGGCUUCAUUCGACCGCGGCCUGAGCGUGCGUGGCGCAUACGUCUUGCGCUGGACGGCUUGCUAGAAUCGAGGAGGGUGUCCGCCCGCGACAUCGAGAAAGUUGUGGGGCACUGCACCUUCCUAGCCCUCCUCAGUCGGACGUCGCUCUCCAUCUUCCAGUCCGUCUACACCUUCAUCGCUCGUCAUCGCGACCACGGUACCGUGCCGCUCUGGGACUCUGUUCGCUGGGAGCUCGAGGCCUUCAGGAACGUCAUUCCCUUGAUUCGUUGUGAUUUUGGGGCUCCGUGGAGUUCGAAGGUUAUGGCAUCAGACGCUUCUUUCUGGGGCUACGGCGUCGUCUCACGGGACCUCCCUCCGGACACAGUUCAACAACUAGGGCGUGUCAGUGAACGGUGGCGGUUCUCGGGUAAGGCUCAGGUCAGAUCUCGUGAAGGGGUUCUGGGGCCUGACGGGGAGCUCGACAUCGGCGACUGGGUGAAGAAGGUGGAGGAGGACAGUCAGGAGAGGGAGGACGCCCUUUCGGAUCUGCCGGAGGUCUUGAAGGAGAGGGGGUGGGCGGUGCUGAUGAGCAAGAAAUGGGAGGUCCCCAUCUUCAACAUCGUUCAGGGAGAGGACGGUCAUCCGCUCGGCGUCUGCGCCGCUCUCCGAUCCGUGGCCGCCCAUGGCCUUGCCACGGGCGCGGUCUUCUCGGGCCGCUGGUUCCCCAGCCAGUGGAACCAUGCUGACGGGCCAUCGCGGGGCCUCGGCCACUCUGGGCACGGAGGCGCCUCUGCUGGCAAGGUCGACGCCCGGAGCGACCACUGCGCCGCGGGUGACAGCUGCGGCGCCGCGUGGGGGCCCGAGGUCGCCCGCGCUCACCUACCCAGUGCGGGCCUGCCCAGUGCUGGGUCGGCGACGGCCGAGGGUGUCCUCGCCGCCGAGCGCGGCAACGGCAGGCUCUUGGCCGGGCCCGCCGCCUUGGCGCCCGUCGGGCCCUGCGAGGCUCGGUCCGUCCGGACCGAAGCAGUGCGCCGACGCUAUUCGGAGUUCCUAGACGAGCUGGACCAGUGGCUCGGGCUCAGCGGCCUGAGUCGCAGGCCGUGCCCGAGCGGCCCCCUGGGUGCUGGGGCCGUGGGCCAGUUCGACCAGGACGUGAGCGACUGGAUGAACGAGCAGUACAUGGAGGGCUACGACCACUGGCGCGGGUCGAACCUGAUGGCGGCGAUCGCCUGGGCGGACCCUCGCCUGGGCCGCGUGGGGGGGCACGGGCUUCCCCUCUCGCGGCAGGCGCUGAAGGGCUGGCGAAACCUGACGCCGGCCGCCAGCCGCCUGCCGCUGCCAGCCGAGGUGGUGUUUGCCAUCGCGAUGGAGCUGAUGGUGAUGGACCGCUGGGACAUGGCCUUGUGCACCAUGCUGCCCCUCGUGUUCCUGAUGAGACCCGGCGACUGGAGGACGGUGCGCGUCGAGCACCUGGCGCCGCCUGCUGUGGGUGGCAGUCGCGGGCUCGCCCGCUGGAGCCUGGUGCUGCACCCUUUGGAGGACGAGGGCAGCCUGCCGAGCAAGACGGGGGAGUUCGACGAGUCGCUGCUGCUGGACCUGGACGAGGACCAGUGGCUAGCGCCGCUUUGCCAGCGUCUCGUGCUCGGCCGCGACCCGCAGGAGCCCCUGUUCGCUUUCAGCCAGGCCGAGUUCGCGCGGUGCUUCAAGAUGGCCGGCGCAAAGUUGCUGCUGCAGCGCCCUCCGCCGCCGUGCAUCCUGCGGCACUCGGGCGCCAGCCGCGACUUCGCCGAGCAGCGCAGGACGCUGGUCGGGACGCAGCGCCGGGGGAGGUGGCGCACAGACGCGAGCGCCAGGCGCUACGAGGGAGGGGGCAGGCUGGGCAGCGAGUUCGCCAAGCUGCCGCUCUGCCUCCAGGGCCAUGCACGCUGGUGCCUCAGGAUGCGGAUCUUCCUGGAGGUGUUCGCAGGCACUGCUCGGCUUGGCCGAGCGAUGGCGGCGCAGGGUUUUCACGUGCUUGCCUGGGAUGUGAAGUAUGGCGACCAGUACGAUCUCACCUCCCCUUCGAAGUCCAACGAUCUCGUCAUGGGGCUCAGAGGCCUGUCUGCAGCUGACCAGGCCAAAGUCGAUCUGGGAAACACCCUCGUGUCCUUCACC